AAAAGUCACAUGAUAUUUGACCUCUGACCAUUUACCCGGAAGUAAUCGUGCGGCGGAAAUAGCCGAAAGCAGCCGUCUCCUUGCGGACCGUGUAAGGAGGCAGAGCUUGGAAACAAGCAUCACAAGUAGGUCCUCUUUGGAGGGACAAGAACACCAAACAUUUGCGUUGCAAUGAAUGGAAUUCGUAGUAAAACGUCAACAUCGCCACCUCUUCAAGUUCCCGGACAGUCUCAACAGAGAAACAUAAUUUAUCAACAUUUUGAGGAGUUUCAGCCACAGAAUUUUCAACAGUCUGGCUACUCCCAGCCAAGUCAACAUCAGUAUCCUGUCCAGCAAAUAGGUGUGCAAGCCCCAAGCUAUGAUAUAGGGAAGCCUGGAUUCAGUGCUCCUCGUAUGCCCAGUCCUGGCCUUGGCCAGCAACCACAAACAAAUAUGUAUCAGCAACAGACACAGCCUAAGCCUGUGCAAAUGCGUAAGUAA